GCAAUUGUAAGAUAAAACGAUACGACGAACCGUGCGAUACGUUUCAUACGUAUCUACCGAUGACGCUGCACUUUUUUCAUAACCGAUAGUGUCCAACAAAGCAUUACUAGUUUUAGCCAUCGUACAGAUAAAUUGUUAGCAGAUGUUAUCAAGAAACGAAACGUUACGAAAAUUUUGCAAACGACUGUAAACGUUUCGUCCUUCGAUAAUCAUGUUAAUAAUUUAACCGCGCCGGUUAGAAAACCAGUAAUGCCUUCUUUAUCGUCGCAACAUGAGCUAUCGUUCUUCUAUGCUUAUUCUUUUUUAUAUAUAUCUCACAAUGCAUUUGCGUUGGGUAUUUCCGAGCGUAUCAGAAGAGAAAAUCAUCGGCGGAACAAACGCCGAUAUCACGUUAGCUCCUUAUAUGUUGUCGUUUUGUCUGUACGGUUCACACGCGUGCGGCGCUGCUAUAAUAAACGAAGAUUGGGCUGUCACGGCAGCUCAUUGUGUAAAGGCGGCUGAAAAUCUCGAAGAUAUAACCGUAUGCAGCGGAAUGUCCGUUCUUUACGAGAACUGCGUCGUUCACGAAGUAAUAAACUUUUUCGUACAUGAAAACUACAACGAACUAAAUAACGAUUACGACAUUGCAGUCAUUCAAGUAUUUCCACCAUUUACUUUUAAUGAUUGCACGAAAGCGGUUGACCUGGCGCCAGACAACGCUCAAGAGGUUUCUACGGAUUGCGGUGUGGCCUGCGGUUGGGGAUACUAUAUGAAAAGCAAUUAUGGGAUCGAUUCAGCUGUAUCGCAGUAUCUGCAGUGUAUCAAAAUACCGCUGGUAAAGAAAAAAUUAUGUCAGGAAAUUUAUGAAAAUAGAUUUGAAAUGACAUCUCAAAUGACGUGUUACGGACUUGAAGACGGAAGCAAGGAUACUUGCAAGGGCGAUUCCGGAGGACCAUUAGUCAACAAGAAUAAUAUUCUUAUCGGCAUCACUUCGUGGGGAGACGGUUGCGCGAAGGAGAAUUCUCCCGGUGUGUACACCGAUGUAUUACGUCUUAAUCACUGGAUUAAGGAUAAAACUGGAAUAAAGAGAAAUUGA